CUACUCAAUUAAUUCACUCCCCGAGCAGAGUCCACAAACGCCUUCUCCAAUUUCUGAGAUCUGCGCAAAAACCCUAGACUCCAUUUGUGGUUUUGCUUCAAAUUUAUUCACAAUGUCGAUGUCGAAGAGUUCUAAGAUGCUUCAAUACAUCAAUUAUCGCAUGCGUGUUACUAUCCAAGAUGGCCGUCAAUUAAUCGGCAAGUUUAUGGCAUUUGAUCGUCAUAUGAAUCUCGUACUCGGCGAUUGUGAAGAGUUUCGUAAGCUUCCUCCUACUAAAGGUUCUAAAGAAGAACGUGAAGAUCGCCGUACACUUGGUCUUCUACUUCUCAGGGGUGAAGAAGUUAUUUCCAUGACUGUUGAAGGUCCUCCACCUCCGGAUGAUUCUCGUGUUAAAGCUACUGCUGGUGGUGGUGUUUCUGCUGUUCCCGGUCCCGGUUUGGGUCGGGCUGCGGGUCGGGGUGUUCCGACUGGUCCGAUGGUUCAUGCUCAGCCUGGUCUUGCUGGUCCUGUUCGUGGUGUUGGUGGACCUGCACCGGGAAUGAUGCAGCCACAGAUUUCUCGUCCGCCGAUUAACUACCCGCAGCAGCCUCCUCCUCCUAUGGUUAGGCCACCUGGUGGUGGGCCUCCACCGCCAAUGCAAAUGCAAAUGCAAAGACCUGGUGGCCCACCUAUGCCACCGCCUCCACAGUUCAGGCCUGGUGGGCCUGGACCAUUUCCGCCUCAGUUUGGUCAGAGGCCUAUGGGACCACCACCUCCACAGAUGAUGAGAGGUCCUCCACCACCAGGGGCGCAGCCACCAAGACCAGGAAUGCCAGGUGGCCCGCCUCACCCAGGGAUGCCUCCACCACCUCCUGGUGGGCAAGUUCCAGUCUUUGGACCUCCUCGCCCGGGAAUGCCACCCCCUCCAAAUGCACCUCACCAGCAGAAUCAGCAGCAGUAGUAGAAAUCAGGCUUGCUCUGUAAAGGCGUCAAGUAGUCAUUAGCUUCUCCUGCUUACCUCACUGGUGGUUAUUUUAGGUUCUUUUCCUUGCAAAAGAAAAAGCACUUGGCUAAGGAUUUGGUGUUUGAGUACUCGGGUUUGAUGGUGGUAGAGUGACAUUUGCUUUCAAAGAGCUUGUAGUUGUGCGAGAUAGGAGAGUUCAAACCAAUGUUCUUAGCAGUAUUUGCCAAACUUGCCCUCUUUUUAUUUUCAAUAUUGCUUUCUGAUAUGUGACUUAAUGAAGAUUUCAGUUGGUUGUUCAAUCAGUAAUGGCAGUCUGUCAUUUACAUA